CCUGACCAUUCAAGGCCACCAGGCAUCUGUGUUUAGAAAACACGAUUUUCACGUUCUCGUAUUUUGUAACCAUACGUACCUAUAACGUAAGCGAUUUUUCUAGUUAUGAAAGCAAAAUUUGUAUCAGAGACAUUCAGCUAAAGGGACGGUAUGGAGGAGUUUGAUGAACGUUCGUACAAUUUAACACUAUCCAAGACAAGCGUACCACAGACAGAAAAUUCAGACAGGAACAAGAGAGUGUUCAAAUUUAGAAAUAUUGAUGUGAUUGUGUAUGCAACAGUAAUCAUUUUUGGCAUUGGAUCAUGGGUAGACAUAAAUGGUUUAUGGGUAGAACUCCCAGCAAUGAUUACAGAGGGUCUUCCAGAAGGUUGGAAACUGCCUUCAUAUUUGUCCAUCAUAAUCCAAAUAGCCAACAUUGGACCUCUUAUUGUGACACUUUGCAAUGUGUUUGCCCCUGGAAAACUUAACAACAACGGAGUCAUAUAUUGCAUUUUAGGAAUAGGUAGUUUAGCGUGCCUUUUCCUGGCAUUCUUCUGGAAAACCACUGCAUAUGUUGCUGGAGAAGAAAGAAGCAUAGUGCUUCUGAUUCUACAAUUCUUCUUGGCCCUAGUGGAUUGCACAACGUCGGUCGUCUUCUUGCCAUUCAUGACUCUUUUCAAGUCUGAUUACAUGACGGCCUAUUUCAUUGGUGAAGGCAUGAGUGGGAUGAUACCCAGUCUGGUAGCCCUGGGCCAAGGCAGUGGGUCCGUGUCUUGUGUCAAUGUGUCCUCUACAAAUGCUACCACCAAUAUAACCACUUACAAUAUAUACCCACAGUCAAAUCCACCCAAUUUCCCUGUCCGUGAUUUUUUUCUCUUUUUGUUUGCCAUGGUCUUUUUCAGUGGCAUUGCUUUUACAUUGCUGAAAUAUUGUCCUUACUAUGAAGAAGAAUAUGCCGUAGAAAAUGAUGAUGAGGAAGCAUCUGAAGAUAGCAGAUGCCACAGCUAUGAACUCAGUAAUGGUGAACAUUCUGGAAGUGUCACUUUCUCUGACCCUACCACAAUAGGACAAUCUCAGUCUGCAUUAGUGAAUGAAAAUAGAAAACAUCAAACUGCAGUUACUUUAUCAAAAACACAGGACAGUAUUAGAGUUGAAAAAAUAGCUGAGCAUUCAGUAUCCAAAUUACGCUAUGCUUACUUCUUGAUUUUGACAGCCUUUCUGAACUCUCUCACAAACAGUGUAUUGCCAUCCAUUCAAACUUUUUCCUGCAUGCCAUAUGGCAUUUCAGUGUACCAUCUAACAGCUGUACUGUACAACAUUGCUAACCCUGUAGCAUGCUUCAUUGUGUUGGUUUACUCAUCUACAUCCUGUGUUGUCAUUAGUUUUCUGUCUUUCCUGGGAUCCCUAGCAGCCGCCAUCAUCCUGUACACUGCAGCUGCCAGCCCAACUCCUUUACUUGUGGGAACAAAAUCUGGAGAAGUUCUCAUUGUCAUCGUGUGGGUUCUAGGUGGACUAUUGUUAACUUAUUCCAAAGUUACCAUAGCAACUGUUUUUCGGCAGUAUGGAACUAGAGCGUUGAUGUGGAUUGGUGUGAUGCAACAAGUUGGGUCCUUUUUUGGAGCGAUACUGUUUUAUAUGAUCAUCAAUGUUUGGAUGCUUUUCAAAAGUGCUCCAUACUGCCCAGUUUGAUUCAACGCAUUAGUUAAAGGGACCAUUAUAUUUAAUAGGCAUUUUCAAGACAUCACAUAAUGACCAAAGACUGAAUUUUGAGACUGUUGUUAUUUGUUUGAAUGUAUUUAUUGUAUGAUUGUGUUAAAUUGUUUUCAUAUUCAAUUAGAAUUCAUUACAUGUAUAUUAGAUUAGCUAAAACCCUUAUUAUAUACUUGCAGUUAAGUGUGUAAGCUUGAGUAGAUGGUAACAUUGAAUAGAAUUUUUAUGAAAGUUGUGUAUGCAUAGGAAGAGAGGAUAGCAAUCUUUGUGGACUUUGAAUGUUAGAAUAUUGCAAUGUGUAAAUGCAUUGAUGAAGUGCAGUUUACUUUACUAUGAAAAAAAACAUGGUUAUUCAUGUGUUUUACAUGUUAAAGUCUAGCUGCAGAUCUGUAGCUCUCUGGUUGAAAUAAUUCGGAUAGACAAACCAGAGAUCUCUGGUUUGUCUAUCCAA